UUUGACAUAAACUAGUAUGGUAUCAUUCACAUUUGAGCACGGUGAACAUUUACAGUGAAAUUAAAGUGCGCGACUACAAUAGAAAUUAUUAUAUGAAUAACAAUUGUGUAAUAUUUACUAAGCAGUAGGAUUAGGAGUAUCAAAAUCAGCAUAAGGAUGAUGAAAUUAUGAUGUCAUUAUGAUGCCAAUUUGAUGAUGCUUAUUAUGAUACAUGAUUAUGAUGACACAUAUUAAAAGUCUGCAAACAAAAAUUUGUCAUCGUCCUUAAAGGAACCCAUACCAUGUAACAUCUAAAAGCUAGUCGGAAAUACAUCACCAGAGGAAAUAAAAUCCAAUCAAAUCAAUUACAAACUAUAGAAAUAAAAAGGGGCGGUGAUACAAGCAACUAAACUCAGUGACAUGAGAAAAUGGCUUAUACGAAGCAAAUAUAUGGCAGCGAUGAUUGCGCUGAUAACCAACACAAUACGGUAGCAAAAAAUGACGCCCUAGAAAGGUCUACAGGUCAAACUGUACUGAAAAAUAUUACUACGUUAUGCGAUACUUGCAAGGAAAGUGGCAUUGAAGUAGCAGCUUCGAAAACUUGCCGAACCUGUGAGGAGUCUUACUGUGAUGACUGCGCGAGUGUUCACCGUUCCCAGAAGGCAACGAGACAGCAUGUCUUGGAUCCUCACAUAACCUCUGUUAAGGCAAUAUUUAUCUGUAACACGUGCCUCUUUCGACAUAUUGAAGUCCCAGCGACUUCAAGUUGCACGAGAUGUAAAGAGCUUUACUGCGACCCAUGCUCUAAAAUUCAUAGUAAACAGAAAGCAACAAUGAACCAUACAGUUGUACACCAUGUUGAUCUUGCAGAGAAGUCAGUUUGCGAACCAUGUGGAUAUAUCGGCAAGGAAAAUGUUUUGCCUGCACAUCUUUGUAUUGAAUGUGAGGAAGGUCUGUGCCAAGAUUGCUUCAAUGUUCAUACAAAACAAAAGGCUACCAGGCAACACACUGUGGUUUCCGCAGCUAAUGGUACAGGCCAAUUUUGUCAGCCUUGUCUAAAGGAAGGAAAACAUACCAACUCAGAAAAAUAUUGCCAACCUUGUUCGCUGACGAUGUGCACCGAAUGUGCUUCUGAGCAUAGACAGAAUCCAUCAACGCUGGACCAUAAAGUGCUGAGCGCAAACAAGAAUGAAGCGACGCAUAACAAACACAGGAUGUCGCCAACCAAUUUAAAAGAUGCAAAUGUUGUCUCUAAACAAUCAGUGGUUUCAACUGAUGUGGAGAGAAGUCAUGACGGUAAUUUGACUAAACCAGGGAAACCUACAGUUGUUGGGCAUGUGCGUGUCGAUUCCAUCUGCUUGACAUGGGUUUCUCCGAAAGAAGUAUUCCAAGACCACCGCUACCAGCUUAGAUUCAAAGAAACCAUUGAGGGUGCAAAAUGGUCAUUUUAUCCACAAUGGGCCGAAACGAGUUCUGUGACACUGAAUAAUGUGAAAUCUAAUACUGAGUAUGUAUUUCAAGUAAGAAUGGUAUGUGAAGAGUGUGAAGGGCCGUACAGUGAGGUGAGUGACACUGUGAAUACAAUAGAGUCUGCCGCACAUCAACUUUUGAAUUUCAUGUACGAUGUUAAAUUACCAGACAUAAACAUCCCUCUCAAAAAGGUUCCGUUCAGUGAAAAUAUAAAAGCUCGAAACGUGCAGGGAAAAACAAGAAAACUGGUUGUAGGUGAGGCUACGAAAACUAAUUCCAAGGAAAGAACCAUAAUGCUGGUUGGGGCAACAGGAACUGGGAAGAGUACACUGGUUGAUGGAAUGAUAAAUCAUAUACUAGGGGUUAACUGGAGUGACCCAUACAGACUUACCAUUGUCGAUUUAGAAGACGACGAAGAGAACUCUGAUAGAAAUCAGGCUGUCUCACAGACUAAGUGGAUCACAUGUUAUGUAAUAAAUCCUAUACGAGGAAGUCGCCUUGAUUUUACACUCAACAUCAUAGAUACUCCAGGAUUUGGUGACACUCGAGGGAUCGAACGAGACAAAAAGAUAAUUGAACAGAUAAGGACUUUGUUCUCCAGGGAAGAUGAAAGUGGCGUUGUCUUGAUUGAUGCCGUAUGCUUUCUGGUCAAAGCACCAGAUGCAAGGCUUACUCCAACACAGAAGUACAUCUUCAAUGCAAUUAUGUCCCUUUUUGGUCAGGAUAUCAAAGACAACUUUUGCAUGCUGGUAACAUUUGCAGACGGAAAGCCUCCUGAAGUAUUGUCAGCUCUGAAAGAAGCUAAAUUACCCUAUAAAGAGUUCUUUCCAUUUAACAAUUCUGGUCUUUUUGCAGAAAACUGUGGUGAAAAUAUUUCCAGCUUCUCUCCAAUGUUUUGGGAUAUGGGUUGCAGUAGCUUCGAAAAGUUUUUCAGUAAGCUUACACAGAUGAAGACAAAAAGUCUUAGACAAACCAGGGAUGUUCUUGAGCAACGACAGGUCAUAGAAAUUACUAUGGAAAAUCUACUACCAAAGCUAGAUGAUGGACUGAAUAAAGUAGAAGAACUACGUGUUGAGAUAAAUAUAAUGGAAAUUCAUAAAACGCAGAUAGAAGCUAAUAAGGACUUUACAUACACAGUGUCUGAAACACAUCAAAAACAAAUAGAUUUACCGAAAGGAAAGCACGUUACUAACUGCUUAAAUUGUCAUAUGACGUGUCAUAAAGAUUGCAGGAUCCCAAAUGAUGAAGAUAAGAAAGGAUGCUCGGCAAUGAAUAGAGAUGGUUAUUGCACCCAGUGCUCUGACAAGUGCUUCUGGAACAUUCACAGAAACACACCAUACAUAUAUGCAUCCGUUACCGUUAAAAAACAGAAGACAUACACGGAGAAACUAGAAAAGUACCGGAGGGCUAAAAAUGAAAAAAUGACAAGAAAGACAGUCGUGGAAAGAAUGUAUGAGGAACUAUACGAUAUUGAAGACGAUAUUGUUGAACUUAUGGAAAAGAUAAACGAGUGCAAUAAUAUCUUACGGCAAAUUGCGCUAAGACCAGACCCACUCAGUGUUGUUGAACAUAUAGAUUUGCUUAUAGAGAGCGAACAGCUCGAGAAACGCGCUGGGUUUCAAGCUCGUAUAGCAUCGCUUCAACAGUGCCGAAAAAGAGCAACGAUAGGCGAAUCCGUUGAUAGUUUGAGAACAGACAUUAAAGACACGACGAAAACGAUCACAGAUGAAGUGAAGUUGCCAAAAGAAUCUACGAAAAGAAGAAACAGAAGGGGGAAAUUAGGUUUUUUACAACCUGUUUUUGACUUCUUUCAGAAGUAAGGCCCCGUGGAUCAUUUACUAGUUCGCUUAAGCUUACAAGAAUUGCAUGCAUAUAGUCCUUUGAAAUGCGGUAUAUAUAUAAAAUCAUGCUUCGUCAGCAAGAAAGACAUUGAUAUAAUAUAAAUAUUAUAUUCUGAAAUUAUCCACAUCAAAUUCAUGUUUUGUUAUUGUUCAUGAAAAAGAUUUAAAUUACAAACUAGAGCUUUGUUAAUUCGCUUGACCUACUGGUUUAUAUAGCAACAAACCAUCUUGUAUAUAUAUCUUAUGAUGCGUUCCAAUAACACAGUCUAAUAAUUGCUGUCGAUCUUUUUUCUAUUUUUUCUUUGAAACAUUAUCCGGUAUCUUCAGUUGUUUACAAAAGAGUAAGUCUGGAUUAAGUCUGGAUUAUUGACAAAGUUGUAUUAGCACAAAACACUACAUUAAAUUGAAGAAAGAUGUUGCGUUUUAAUUGUUUAAUGUAAUGUUAUAAAUCUUCUAAAUAAAAUUAUUAGAAACGUAUUAAUAAUAACAAAAAUUAUACUGUACAUUUUUCAGUUUCAUCUAACCAAAUUUAGUGUUGCCAUUCACUAACAUAUUUCGCAAAUCCAGAUAUGUAAGUCAUAACAUAUUUGUAAUAUUGCACAUCCAGUGUCACUUUAUAAUGUACGACCAAUAUACAAAAUAUCUACUUUUGAUUAUGUGAUUUGUGAUGAGGUAUAAAUAAAUGAAUAAAAGUGCAAAAGAUA